GGGAAAAAAAAAGAUUAGUCCUGAAAAUGGGACGAUCAAAGCGAUUUCUCUUCUGCAUUUUCAGUCUUCUCUGCCUCCAAUACGAAGUCGUUUCAGUCCAGAUCCUCUCGAAGUCGAAGCUAGAAAAAUGCGAGAAGAGUACGGACUCCAACGACAAACUGAAUUGCACCACCAAGAUCGUCAUCAACAUGGCCGUUCCCAGCGGUUCAAGUGGCGGUGAGGCGUCGAUGGUGGCGGAAAUAGUGGAGGUGGAGGAGAAUUCGACGAACAAGAUGCAGACGUUACGGAUUCCGCCGGUGAUAACGAUCAACAAAUCCGCUGCCUACGCGCUUUACGAGUUAACGUAUAUUCGAGACGUUCCUUUUAAACCUCAAGAAUUCUAUGUUAAGACACGCAAGUGCGAGCCAGAUGCUGGUGCUAAUGUUGUUAAGAUAUGUGAGAGGCUGCGCGAUGAGGAUGGUCACAUCAUUGAGCACACUCAGCCUAUCUGCUGUGCUUGUGGGUCUCAAAGGCGUGUACCAUCAUCUUGUGGAAACAUCUUUGACAAACUGAUGAAAGGAAAAGCCAAUACAGCACACUGUCUCCGUUUUCCCGGUGAUUGGUUCCAUGUUUUUGGUAUUGGACAGCGGUCAAUUGGAUUCAGUGUUAGAAUUGAGAUGAAGACAGGAUCUAAAGUUUCGGAAGUUGUUGUAGGUCCUGAAAACAGAUCAGCAACAUCCAAUGACAAUUUUCUAAGGGUUAAUCUCAUUGGAGAUUUUGUUGGAUAUUCAAAUAUUCCUACAUUUGAGGACUUCUACCUUGUCAUUCCAAGGCAGGGUGGUCCAGGUCAGCCAAAUGAUUUGGGAAGGAAUUUUUCUAUGUGGCUGCUGCUUGAGAGAGUGAGAUUUACCUUAGAUGGUGUCGAAUGCAACAAAAUUGGUGUCAAUUAUGAGGCUUUCAAUGGUCAGCCUAACUUCUGCUCAUCACCAUUUUGGAGUUGCUUGCAUAAUCAGUUGUGGAAUUUCUGGGAAGCUGACCAAAACCGAAUUAACAGAAGGCAACUUCCAUUAUAUGGUGUGCAGGGGAGAUUUGAAAGGAUAAAUGAGCAUCCAAAUGCAGGGUCUCAUUCAUUCUCUAUUGGAGUGACGGAAGUUAUUAACACAAACCUCCUUAUAGAACUAAGGGCUGAUGACAUUGAUUAUGUUUUUCAAAGAAGUCCUGGAAAAAUCAUCAGUGUCACAGUUCCGACAUUUGAAGCCCUCACUCAGGUUGGAGUUGCCACAAUUACUGCUAGGAAUACUGGUGAAGUAGAAGCAUCAUAUAGCUUAACGUUUGACUGCUCAAAAGGUGUCGCCCUUAUGGAGGAACAAUUCUUCAUUUUGAAGCCAAAAGAAAUUUCUGCUCGAUCUUUUAAACUUUGUCCAGCAACUGAUCAAGCAGCAAAAUAUGUUUGCACUGCUAUACUGAAGGACUCUGAAUUUAAUGAAGUUGACAGAGCAGAGUGCCAGUUUAGCACUACAGCUACUGUUCUUGACAAUGGAUCACAGAUUACUCCUUUUCAACCACCAAAGACUGGCAUAAAUGGUUUCUUUGAGUCUAUUGAAAGAAUUUGGAAAAAUAUUUGGGAAAUUUUGGUUGACUUCAUCACUGGCGAAACUUGCAGAAGAAAAUGCUCUGCUUUUUUUGACUUCAGCUGUCACAUACAGUAUAUCUGUAUGAGUUGGAUAGUGUUGUUUGGUUUACUUUUGGCUAUAUUUCCGACUGUUCUUGUGUUGCUAUGGCUUUUACAUCAGAAAGGAAUCUUUGAUCCUCUUUAUGACUGGUGGGAAGAUCAUUUUGGGUUUGACGAUCAGAGAAUCAGAGAUUAUCACAGGCACAGUAUUGGCAUUGGCCACUCCCAUGUUCAUGCUAAAAAACAUAAUAAAGCUAGGCGACACAAGCAUGAUUCUCUAUAUAAACGAAGCAGCAUUCACCAGGAGCACAGGCACAACCAUUCAGAAAGGGAUACUGAUUAUUAUUAUUAUCUGCAUCGUGUUCACAAGGACAAGCACAAACAUAGACGUGUCAAAAGUUCUAGCAUCAAACAGAAAGUCCACUUGGACAGGAGGAAAAAUGAUGAUGUUGGGCACCACAAGCACAGAAGGGCAAUAGAGACUAUAGAAAGACCAUUGAAAUUGAAAUAAUGGACAGCGAGACAAAAGUUUUGAGUUCAGAUAUGGGCUGUUGGAGAAGUUGUAUGGCCAAAAAUUUUCCUUCAUCCUUUUUCAUUUGAGGAAAUGGUGCCACCUGAAAACUCCAAUUACAAGAAUAAAGCUAGUAUUUUAAAAAAAAGGGAAAAAAAACAGUAAAAGCCUGAAAACAUUUACAAUAUUACAUGUAAGACCCAUAUGUCAUGUUCUGUUUUAAAUUUUUUUUUUUCAUUUUUCUCAAGUAUAUGAUGAGAUUAGAAAACUUUGUAUAUGAGCAUUCGUAAAACUAUGAUUUAGUCUUGGUUGGAGACAUA